CCGGGGCACCCGUGCAGAGAGCCGGCUGGGUGUGAUGAGAGGGGUGCCUCGGCCUGGGCUGCUUACUCUGGAGCGUCAGCCGGGCGGAUGAGGAAGUAGGCGAGAGGCAGGGCUGGCUCCUGCCGCGUCUCUGUGUAUCUCCGUGUGUAUCCGGCUUCGGGUCUCGGCCGGGGAAGUAAGCGGAUGGGGUGACUCCCAUUGCCUCACCCCCAACUUCCUAACUCCGGAUGGGGACCAGCAGCACCGGGCAGAACCCCGCAGCGGGGCUGGCGGCGGAUCUCAGCCCGCCCCUGGAAGCGUGGACCUGUGGCUACUGCGGGAAGGAUUCAUUCUGUGCCCAGGGUCUUAUGGCUCACAAGCUGUCGGUCCACGAUUACCAGCUGCUGCUGAAUAAAGGCUGGGUCAGGAGUGGGAAGUAUCUGUACAAAGCCGCUAUGCCCAUCACGUGUUGCCCCACCUACCCAAUGAGGUGCCAUGUCUUGGACUUCCGGAUAUCCAGGUCACAGCGGAGAGUUCUGAAGAAGAUGCGGAAGCAUUUAACACGAGCUGAUGCUUUUGUGAAGGAAACUGCUGCACUUAGCCCAGAAGAGGACCCCACGUGCCAUAAAGAGGAACAAGCUCCUGGAGCUGGGCAGGGAAAGCUGACUACUGGGCAGACCCCCUGGACAUUCCCUGAGAGGUCUGACGAAGACUGGUCAGAGGUAAACCAUGUAUCAGACCAGCGGAGUAUGAACAACAGCCAGACGUGGGCUGUUGAAGAUACAACUUCACACAUCCGCACCUGCCGCAAAACCAAGGAGAGCCGGAGGGAGCUGCUGAAGACCCCCGAGAGGGGCCAGCAAGCAGAGCUGGAACCUGCAGAGUCUGAACUGGUGGGAUUGACGGAGCACAAAGCACCAGGUCAGGAACCAGCUCCUUUACAAGAUCCUCAGCCAUCCUUGUCACAAACCUCCAUGAGUGCUGUGCAUCCAUCUCCCAUCCCACCUCCACUCCAUUCCACGUCUGAGCCUAGCCACACUAGAUCAUUAGAGGAGCUCAUAGAGGAGAGCACACCAGCCGCAGCGUUGCAUCAGCUGGAGGUGAAGUUGCUGAGACUUUCUCCACCCAGCCCUGAACUACAAGCCACCUUUGGGGAAUCAUACAAGGUCUACAAACGCUAUCAGAUGCAUGUGCACAAAGACACAGAGCUGAUGGCCUCAGAGGCUGAGUACAAAAGAUUUUUCUGCAGUACUCCGCUCCUGGGGGAGGACCCUGCAGACGGUCCAGACACUGGCUACGGCUCCUUCAUUGAACAGUUCCUGCUGGACGGGAAGAUUAUAGCUCUUGGACUGUUGGACAUACUACCUGAAGGAAUUAACUCGCAGUACUUGUGCUAUGAUCCAGAUUACUCCUCCCUCUCAUUGGGAGUCUACUCUGCUCUCAGGGAAAUAGCACUAACCCAAAGACUGAAUGAGAAGGUUCCGAGAAUGAAGUAUUAUUACUUGGGCCCUUAUGUGCACUCAUGCGUUAAAGUAAAAUAUAAGCUCCUGUACCAGCCGACAGAGUUGCUGUGCCCCGUGACUGGGCGCUGGGUGUCUGUGGAACAAUGCCUACCCAAGCUGGAGUUAAACAAAUUUGCCAAGCUUUAUGAUGGGGAAGAGCCAGCUGCCGAUUCCAGCCUGUCCAGCGAAGGCCUUUGGUUUCUCCGGAAUUUCCGGGAGGCUCUGAGCCCCUCUUCCUCUGCCUCGGUUCAGACAGAGGAAGCCAUGCUUGUGGUAUCACAGGAGGACCUAGUCUCGAUGCACUCGUCCUCCCACUCUGCCUGGUGGAAGCACUUGCCCUGCCUCGCGCGCUUGUUGAGCUGCUGCUGUGGCAGUUGGUGCAGGAAGGAGGCGGAGAGCUGACCGCUUCAACUGAACCGUCAGGGAACUGGUGCCUACGUUGGAAAGCAGGUCCUGAAGGUGGAGCAGGAGAGGGAGACUGACAAGGCUACAAAGCUGGUCCAUUAAUGAGAGGGAAGGGAAAGAAAAAGCAAAGGAGACCUUAAUCAGGCACAGAAACUUUCCAUGAAACCACAAUGAACACAAAAACAUCGUCAAAGCACAUCAUGGGCCAAGUCGUAGUUUACUUGGUUCUUGACAGUCCAUUUACUUUUGUUCCGUCAUCCCAAGGCUGUGCAGCCUCUCAGAUGCACACAGAAUCUUCCAAUCAACAGUUGCAAUUCUACCAGAGUUUACAGGUGACAGGCAGUAAGGUGACAGGAGGUGCUGUUGAUGCCUCCUAUCAGGAUAGUGGUACAUUUUUGUAAAUAUCAGAAUAUCUCUGCCACAAAUAUUGUGGCUAAGAUAUAUUUAUUUGACAAGCUUAGCUGAAAACAAUCAUUUGAUAAUGAGUUGCAGAAGGAACUUGGUCUGGUGAAACCUUUGUCUCGGACUAAGCAGCAUCUGAAAGAUAACUUGUGCAAAGCACAAUAUUCUGAUUACAUUUGGAUGGUGAUUUUUCUAAUUAGGAAUUGUAAUUAAUAGAGGUGGAGGGGGAGUGAUUUGAUGUUCACGAUUCUUUACAGAUGGAGCGAACAUCAGAAGUUUACUGCUCUGGUUUUUGUACAGUAACUGAAUUGAUUGGCCAUGGACCAUUGGGAUUAAGUGUUCAGAUUCUGGUCGAAGUCUGGAUAGCAUCCCAGUAGCAUUAUUGAAAAGAUCUUUUUUUGUAUAUAAAUCCCUGGAUAAAGCACCACGUGUAUUCUAAGAGCUGCAUUACUAAUGAAGCACAGCAGUCAGCGAUAUGAUAGAUGCAGCUCACUAUGCCUUUGUUAUAAUUGUCACUAUAGUUAAUCUAAUUCAAUACUCAGGUGUUCACCAGCACAAUUGUAAACCCAAAGUGCCUGACGGGGAAUGUAUUUACAAGCAGUACUGCACCAAGGCCACUGGAUGGCAGCAGUGGACAUUUGCAGUUCCAUCCUGCAGCCAAAAAUCAAUGUUAAGACCCAAAAUGUUUAAAAUAUUUUUGCUCAGAAGUUCCUGAGAGAACCCACGCUUACCUGGCUCCCAUUUCACCUUUUUCCUUCUCUGCAGCAUCUCCUUAGCCUGUAUAUAAUCCAUUUGGUUCUAUUAAAUGUUGAUAUUGAUAUGGUUCCAACAUAGCCCUGGGGUCUCCAGGAGUUAACAGCAUUCCUUGGACACUACCAAGAGCAACUCAGGAAAAUAAACAACAGCAUUGAAAUUGUUUUGUUUAAAUCCUCUUCCUACACAUUAUUUAAAAAUGUUGCACAUGGGUCAGCAAAAGGCAGUUGACUGAUGGUCAAAACUUACCCAAUCAGGUUAAGAAAAAGUCUGUUCACCUUCUGAUUGGUGUAGAAAGGCAGUGCAUCAUAAGAAUGGGUGUGUCUGGCAACCAACAGUAUGGGGGCAAUAGGCAGCCCUGUGGUGAUUGGUCAGGAAUAUGUCCAGAAUUUGUAAUUGUUGUGCCUUGUAGGGUUGCUAUGAGUUACUUCUAUUUUGGAUACUUUACAUAUUUAAGUUAGUGUGUAAAUCUGACACAGAUGCUUUGGUUGAAAAAUCCUAAGCAAAAGCAGAAAGAUGUUGUCCAGUGGUGACUCAGGCAUCAAGUGCGGGCUUCAAAGGCAGAACAAGUGUAGAGAAAGGAAUAAUUGAGGUAGAGGAGGGAGAGGGGGCAGGCUUGGGGGGUGGGGAAAUAUUUGAAGAGGGGACAAUGAAGACAGAGUUGGAAUAUUGGAAGAGCUGGAAUCCAACAGAUGAUGUUGUGGAGAGGAGGUGUGUCACAUUUAUACUUAAUUUAGCAAAUAUAGCAUUCCGAGUGGCCCAGUCAAGUGAUCAGAGAGUGCUUUCAGUGGAAUGUUUUGCAGUUGAUGGAAAGGAAGGUACUGGGAGAUGGGAUGAGGCCGGACUGCUCUGUUUUGACCAUUAUGGACACAAUGGGCCGAAUAGCUGUCUUCUCUGCUGUACAUCUUCUCUGAUUCUGAGAGAUACAACUCCAAGGGAAAGGAAAUAUUGAUGUACACAUAAUUGGAGAAACCUAUGAGAAAAAUGCUGCUGAGUUUAUGAGCUAUUUUCUAGUAAUGUUUCUGAUCAGCUCCUAUGUUCCAGUUAAGAUCUAAGGCUGAUGGCAGGCAAGUACUAUCUUAUUGACUAUGUGGUUUCUGACAUAGGGCUACAACAAAAAAGGAAAAUUACAACAUUUGGUAUUUCAUUAUUCAUAAUGUAAUAAGAUAAAUAUUCUCACUUAAUUCCAGAUGGGUGGGUGAGGCUAUAGCCCCCUUCCCCCCCCCCCCCAUCUUUAAGAAGUGCCAAAUUCCCCCUUCAGAAUUUUAAUAGAAUUGCUUUAUAUAAGGUGUGUUGCCAUGGUUACUGGAACAAAGUGUCUGUAAGCCUUAAAAUUCCUUUAGUCUUGUGGGCGGAACUGGUCAGGGCGGAGUGUAGCAUUUCUCCAUGGAACUAUUUCAGUUUGCUGCAUUGCCUUUUUAACUCUUGCAUACACUGGCAUUGCAGCUGUUGGCUUUAUAGUCCUGGUGUAGGGUUGUCAGCUAAUUCAAAUGGUGUGCUCCACCCAAUCAUGAGCUUGGAAUCAGGAAAGAAAAAUCACAUCAAGUUCCAGCUCCUGAUUGCAGUUGCUUGUGAAUAACUCAGUUUAUAUCUCAGCUAUGCAAUUCACAUUCCACAAUCCAGGGGACUGAAUAUCUUUUCUGGCCUUUUGUCUGAUUUUGACCACAAUACCCGCUACUUAAAGGCACUUCCUCCUUCUGAGAAAAAAAAAGAUGUAAAUUAAUAACCAUUAAGUGCUGCAAACGAUCCAAUUUUGCAUCCUGAGGAUGUUGUUCAACACUCGUGAAUGGGAUAAGUCAUUUAAUAAAGGAUAAACUUGAUAGGAAUUACCCCUUAAAGGGGCAAGCACAAAUUGCAUGCACUCGCUCAUUCCAAAUGGAGCUCGGAGAUCCACGUAGCCUGCACACAGGUGGCUUUGGGAUGCUCCCUCCAAUGUUUUAUUGACCAAUGAGUCAGACUUUAGCAAUACAAUCUUUUUUAAAUGGUAGUAUUUUAACCUUAUGUAAGAUAAAUGAAUAAAAUUGAAAGUGGUUAUAUUUUAUGGCUGUUGUGAAUGGUUCUUUUG